AUGGCUAUAGAUAGUAGAGAUGUUAAAUUUCUGAAUAGACCAACAUCAUCAUCAUCAUCAUCCAAAUCAUCAUCAUCAUCAUCAUCAUCAUCAUCAUCAUCAUCAUCAUCAUCAUCAUCAUCAUCAUCAUCAUCAUCAUCAUCAUCAUCAUCCAAAGCAUCAUCAUCAUCAUCAUCAUCAUCCAAAGCAUCAUCAUCAUCAUCAUCCAAAUCAUCAUCAUCAUCAUCAUCAUCCAAAUCAUCAUCAUCAUCAUCAUCAUCAUCAUCAUCAUCAUCAUCAUCAUCAUCAUCAUCAUCAUCAUCAUCAUCAUCAUCAUCAUCAUCAUCAUCAUCAUCAUCAUCAUCAUCAUCAUCAUCAUCAUCAUCAUCAUCAUCAUCAUCAUCAUCAUCAUCAUCAUCAUCAUCCAAAUCAUCAUCAUCAUCCAAAUCAUCAUCAUCAUCAUCAUCAUCAUCAUCAUCAUCAUCAUCCAAAGCAUCAUCAUCAUCAUCAUCAUCAUCAUCCAAAGCAUCAUCAUCAUCAUCAUCCAAAUCAUCAUCAUCAUCAUCAUCAUCAUCAUCAUCAUCAUCAUCAUCAUCAUCAUCAUCAUCAUCAUCAUCAUCCAAAACAUCAUCAUCAUCCAAAUCAUCAUCAUCAUCAUCAUCAUCAUCAUCCAAAACAUCAUCAUCAUCCAAAUCAUCAUCAUCAUCAUCCAAAUCAUCAUCAUCAUCAUCAUCAUCAUCAUCAUCAUCCAAAUCAUCAUCAUCAUCAUCCAAAUCAUCAUCAUCAUCAUCCAAAUCAUCAUCAUCAUCAUCCAAAUCAUCAUCAUCAUCAUCAUCAUCAUCAUCAUCAUCAUCAUCAUCCAAAUCAUCAUCAUCAUCAUCCAAAUCAUCAUCAUCAUCAUCCAAAUCAUCAUCAUCAUCAUCCAAAUCAUCAUCAUCAUCAUCAUCAUCAUCAUCAUCAUCAUCAUCCAAAUCAUCAUCAUCAUCAUCAUCAUCAUCCAAAUCAUCAUCAUCAUCAUCAUCAUCAUCAUCAUCAUCAUCAUCCAAAUCAUCAUCAUCAUCAUCAUCCAAAUCAUCAUCAACAUCCAAAUCAUCAUCAUCAUCAUCAUCAUCCAAAUCAUCAUCAUCAUCAUCAUCAUCAUCAUCAUCAUCAUCAUCAUCAUCAUCAUCAUCAUCAUCAUCAUCAUCAUCAUCAUCAUCAUCAUCAUCAUCAUCAUCAUCAUCAUCAUCAUCAUCAUCAUCAUCAUCAUCAUCAUCAUCAUCAUCAUCAUCAUCAUCCAAAUCAUCAUCAUCAUCCAAAUCAUCAUCAUCAUCAUCAUCAUCAUCAUCCAAAUCAUCAUCAUCAUCAUCCAAAUCAUCAUCAUCAUCAUCAUCACCAUCCAAAGCAUCAUCAUCCAAAUCAUCAUCAUCAUCCAAAUCAUCAUCAUCAUCAUCAUCAUCCAAAUCAUCAUCAUCAUCAUCAUCAUCAUCAUCAUCAUCAUCAUCAUCAUCAUCAUCAUCAUCAUCAUCAUCAUCAUCAUCAUCAUCAUCAUCAUCAUCAUCAUCAUCAUCAUCAUCAUCAUCAUCAUCAUCAUCAUCAUCAUCAUCAUCAUCAUCAUCAUCAUCAUCAUCAUCAUCAUCAUCAUCAUCAUCAUCAUCAUCAUCAUCAUCAUCAUCAUCAUCAUCCAAAUCAUCAUCAUCAUCAUCAUCAUCAUCAUCAUCAUCAUCAUCAUCAUCAUCAUCAUCAUCAUCACCAUCAUCUUUACCUUCAAAGAUGGAAUGGAUUCAAUUUCAUGUCAAAUUUUCAGAAAACCCCCGUAAAUAGAAACCGCCUUGCUAUUUUAAAAGUAAAUAGAUUAAACCUACAUUUUAUCAAUGAAAUGAACAUCAUAUAUUUAUGUAUAUACAUAGAUAUAUAUGUUCGCCCUAUUUCAAAUAAGCUAACAUUAACUACACAAUGAUAUACACGCUAACGAUUAUAUAAGUGCGUUUACAAAAUCAUAUGACAACAUAAAGUGCACUUGAAUGGUAAUAAACAAUUUGACUUUUCUUCUAUUUUUAUCUUUUUCAUUUUGUUUCUCUUUUUUUUCUUUCUUUUAUUUUUACUUUAUUCUUUGUAUUCUGUCGAUUCGACCCUUGAAGUGUAUGGGGAUUCCAUACUGUGAAAGUUAUAUAUAUA